AUGAAAUUCUUGAUUCUCUCUGUUUGCAUUUUGGCAGUUUCUGUCUAUUGUGGUGAUUAUGCAGGAGGAGGUGCAGCUGCUGGAGGAGCUGCAGGUGGAGCAGGUGGAUAUUCUGGAGGAGGUGCAGCUGCUGGUGGAGCUGCAGGUGGAGCAGGUGGAUAUUCUGGAGGUGGAGGAGAUGCUGCGGCUGCUGCACCAGCACCAGAAGCAGCUCCAGCUCCAGCUGCCGAAGCUGCACCUGCACCAGCUGCUGAUGCUGGAGCUGCUUCUGGUGGUUCAUAUGGAGGAGAUGCUGGAGCUGCAGCUGCUGCACCUGCCGCUGAAGCUGCUCCAGCUCCAGCUGCCGCAGGAGGUGAAGGAUAUGCCGGAGGAGCUGCUGGAGGAGGUGGUGGAGCUUAUCCAUCAAAAGCGAAAAUGGCCAAAUUCUUCAGAAUCUAA